AUUGUAAUCUUUAUCUUAAAAAUGAUUGUUACUCAUAAAGCCAGAUGCCGGGAAUUCAGAGGCCCAACUCCUCAUUCAGUGGCUGUGAGAGCAAAAUUCCCCUCCUUGAAGCCCCCAGAUUACCUCACCCUGGAGAGAAGGAAACAGGAGGCUGAGAGAGAAAACUUUGCUGAGUUCACAAAGUAUCAGCGGUCAUGGGAAUUAAAAAAUUCAUGGAUCAAGAGUUCAGAUCGGAAUUAUGUCAGAAGCGCCACAGAGAGACAUGUAAAAGCUGCUAUUGACCAGUUUGAGCUGGGCACUGAAGAGCGGAGAGAGAGGUUACGUAUUAUGUUGGAGACAGAAGAACAACAGUUUCUCAAAGAGAUGGAGGAGAGAAGGGAGACCGCUCUGGAUAGACAAGCCAAGAUGCGAGAGAGAGCUAAAGUCCUGAGGGACAUAAGAGAGACCAAAAGACAAGAAAUAGUUUCUGAAAAAAUGGAACAACUUUUUAUAAAUCAGUGCGAGGAGCUCCGAACUGUCCUGACCAAGCGCAGAGGACAGGAGACCCGUCUGGACUGUGCUGCUCAGGUGCGGUCAAAGCAGGAGCAGCAGCAGGAACAGCAGAUGAAGGACAGGCAGUUUGCAGAAAUGUGGGAAGCCAUUCACCAAAGAGAGGAGGAAAAAGAGAGUGAACGCAUUGAAAGACAGCAACAGAAAACCAAUGAGCACCUGACCCACCUGAGAGCGCAGAUAGAUGCUGCAGAACAACAAAAACAGCAGGCUAAAGUGCUCAAAGAGGAGGAGGCACAACUACUGCAAGAGCACAUAGAAAUGGUGAAACUCCAAGAACAGCGAGAGAAACACCAAAAGCUCAAAGCUCAGCAGACGAGGAGGAGGCAGCUCGACCAGAGUUACAGGAUGAAGAUGAGGCGCCUCGCAAAGGAGCAGCAGGAGGAGCUGGCUCUGGAUAUGAGCAUCCUCCAACAGGUUCUCAGCCAGGAGAGUGAGAGAGGAGAGGAGGCUGCACAAAGAAAGAUUGAAAUGCGUGAGGAGCAGCAGAGAUACAGACAGUACUUGGCUGAUGAGCUGGAGAGGCAGAAGCAACUGGAACGGGAGACAGAGCAGCUCUUUGAAGAAAAACUGAGAGAAACUUGGGAUAAACGUGAGAAACAGAGUCAAAUGGAGAGAGAUGCAAGAAACAGACUCAUGAACGAUGUACUGGAGGCCCGCAGUCUGCAAAUACAGCACAAAUUGGAGCUGAACAAGCAGAAACAGGAUCAGCUGGCCAGAGACAGGGAAGAACUCUUGCAAAUGACAGAAAAAGUGAAAUUAUUAGAUCAGGAGGAGAAAAGACGACAUAAGAAGUUAUGCCAAGCUUACCAGGCCGAUCUCCAGGCCCAGAUGCAGCACAAGCAGCAGCUGAAGCGAAAUGAGAAGGCUCUGGAGGAGAGAGAGUUUCAGUAUGGCCUGGCUGUGCAGCAGGAGUACGAGAACAUGAAGGAGAGGAUCCUGUCUAGACCAACCUCUCACACAACUGUGGCUCACCCGUUUAGACGCACUGAGGGUGCCAAGUCUGUUCCACCACAGCGGCGUCAGAGACAAUAAGAAUAUAUGAAUGCUGUAU